UUACUUUGUCUAAACGUUUGCCCAACAAAAAAUCUCUAACAUUUCUUCCUUUUUCUGUAUCUUCUUCUUAACUUGGUCUUUCACAACAAUAUUAUCAUGGUUCUAUCCAAGGCAUCCUCCCAAUCCGACGUCUCGAUUCACUCGACGUUCGCUUCUCGAUACGUUCGGAAUUCUCUUCCAAGAUUUAAGGUUCCCGAGAAUUCGAUUCCUAAGGAAGCCGCAUACCAAAUCAUCAACGAUGAACUUAUGUUGGAUGGGAAUCCAAGAUUGAAUCUGGCUUCUUUUGUCACAACAUGGAUGGAACCUGAGUGUGACAAGCUCAUCAUGGAUUCCAUUAACAAGAAUUAUGUCGAUAUGGAUGAGUACCCCGUCACCACUGAGCUUCAGAAUCGAUGCGUUAACAUGAUCGCACAUCUUUUUAACGCGCCAUUGGGAGAUGGGGAGGCGGCAAUUGGAGUUGGAACAGUAGGAUCAUCGGAAGCCAUUAUGCUUGCAGGCUUAGCAUUCAAAAGAAAAUGGCAAAACAAGAUGAAAGCCCUCGGUAAACCCUGUGACAAGCCUAACAUUGUCACUGGUGCCAAUGUUCAGGUUUGUUGGGAAAAAUUUGCUAGGUAUUUUGAAGUGGAACUGAAGGAGGUUAAGCUGAGAGAUGGCUACUAUGUAAUGGACCCUAAGAAAGCUGUGGAAAUGGUAGAUGAGAACACAAUUUGUGUUGCUGCAAUCUUGGGUUCUACUCUUAAUGGAGAAUUUGAAGAUGUUAAGACCUUGAACGACCUUUUGGUGAAAAAGAAUCAAGAAACUGGGUGGGACACUCCAAUUCAUGUGGAUGCAGCAAGUGGUGGGUUCAUUGCACCAUUUCUAUACCCAGAACUUGAAUGGGAUUUUAGGCUGCCAUUGGUGAAGAGUAUUAAUGUGAGUGGGCACAAGUAUGGACUUGUGUAUGCUGGGAUUGGUUGGGUAAUCUGGAGGAACAAGGAGGACCUGCCUGAAGAACUCAUAUUCCACAUUAACUACCUUGGAGCUGAUCAACCCACUUUCACACUCAACUUUUCUAAAGGUUCUAGUCAAGUAAUUGCUCAAUACUAUCAACUCAUUCGCUUGGGUUACGAGGGGUACAAGAACAUCAUGGAAAAUUGUCAAGAAAAUGCAAUGGUACUCAAGGCCGGCCUGGAGAAAACGGGACGCUUUAACAUUGUAUCAAAGGACAAUGGAGUCCCAUUGGUGGCAUUCUCUCUCAAGGACAGUAGCCGUCACACUGAGUUCGAGGUGUCUGACAUGCUACGUCGAUUUGGGUGGAUCGUCCCGGCCUAUACCAUGCCACCAGACGCACAACAUGUGACAGUUCUUCGAGUUGUUAUACGCGAAGAUUUUUCAAGGACUUUAGCCGAGCGCCUCGUCAUCGACAUCGACAAAGUUUUACGUGAUCUUGAUACGCUUCCGGCUAGAGUUACCGAGAAAGUGGCUGCCACUGAAGAGCAAGCCCAGAAUGGUGGCGUGGUGAAGAAAAGUGACAUUGAGGUACAAAGGGAGAUCACUACAGCAUGGAUGAAAUUUGUUGCUGACAAGAAGAAGACUAACGGGGUGUGUUAAGGCUUCGAUUGGUCUGCGGAAUUACAAAUAUUAUUCCUCGUAUCUUAAAAAAAUGACUACGACUAUGUAGUCUAUUCGGAUUUUGCUAUUUAUAACCGUACUAUUUUGAGUUGAGUGUUAUUAGAUUGAAGAGUACCCCGCGUAUUUAAUUCUCGUAAUGUUGAUGAUGUGGUGCAAACUCUGUUUCUUGCAAUUUCAGAGUUUGAAAAAAAUGGGAAAAAAGGAAAAGGUUUUCUCUUUGGUUCUUGAACAUAAGACUGUUGGUAUUGAACUUCUGUCUUUCAACUUACAGAUUUGUGGAGUUCUUUUGGAAAAACCAGAAUGUAUCAUUUAGCCAACGGGUUAAGUUUGGUCAGGAUCAAGUAAGUCGAUCUCUAAUGUAAAUUUGGGCAAAUUGAUAUAUUAAACUCAAUAAAAAUUAUAUUUUCA